AUGUGGGUGGAUGGGGGGGGUGUAGUGCCCCCCGCCGGGAUGAAGACAGAGAAACAAUGGCCUCCCCACUCCCAGGCAGCAGAAGGCCUAUUUUCAUGUGCAACUGUAGUCCAGCCUGUUGUGGUCCCACUGUUCUCUGGCCCCGUGUGCUGCCCUCGGUCCCUUCUCUGGCCCCGUGUGCUGCCCUCGGUCGCUUCUCUGGCCCCGUGUGCUGCCCUCGGUCGCUUCUCUGGCCCCGUGUGCUGCCCUCGGUCGCUUCUCUGGCCCCGUGUGCUGCCCUCAAUCCCUUCUCUGGCCCCGUGUGCUGCCCUCGGUCCCUUCUCUGGCCCCGUGUGCUGCCCUCGGUCCCUUCUCUGGCCCCGUGUGCUGCCCUCGGUCGCUUCUCUGGCCCCGUGUGCUGCCCUCGGUCGCUUCUCUGGCCCCGUGUGCUGCCCUCGGUCCCUUCUCUGGCCCCGUGUGCUGCCCUCAGUCCCUUCUCUGGCCCCGUGUGCUGCCCUCGGUCGCUUCUCUGGCCCCGUGUGUUGCCCUCGGUCCCUUCUCUGGCCCCGUGUGCUGCCCUCGGCCCCUGUAUCUCUUGUUCUCUGGUCCCGUGUGCUGCCCUCGGCCCCUGUAUCUGCUGUUCUCUGGCCCCGUGUGCUGCCCUCGGCCCCUGUAUCUGCUGUUCUCUGGCCCCGUGUGCUGCCCUCGGCCCCUGUAUCUGCUGUUCUCUGGCCCCGUGUGCUGCCCUCGGCCCCUGUAUCUCUUGUUCUAUGGUCCCGUGUGCUGCCCUGGGUCUCUGUAUCUCUUGUUCUCUGGCCCCGUGUGCUGCCCUCGGUCGCUUCUCUGGCCCCGUGUGCUGCCCUCGGUCCCUUCUCUGGCCCCGUGUGCUGCCCUCAGUCCCUUCUCUGGCCCCGUGUGCUGCCCUCGGUCGCUUCUCUGGCCCCGUGUGUUGCCCUCGGUCCCUUCUCUGGCCCCGUGUGCUGCCCUCGGCCCCUGUAUCUCUUGUUCUCUGGUCCCGUGUGCUGCCCUCGGCCCCUGUAUCUGCUGUUCUCUGGCCCCGUGUGCUGCCCUCGGCCCCUGUAUCUGCUGUUCUCUGGCCCCGUGUGCUGCCCUCGGCCCCUGUAUCUGCUGUUCUCUGGCCCCGUGUGCUGCCCUCGGCCCCUGUAUCUCUUGUUCUAUGGUCCCGGCCCUUUGAUAGCGCGCUCCCCCAGAGCAGAGCUGCAGCUGAGGGACCAACAUCCCUGGAAUGCUGCAAAGGAGUCCUGGAAAUGUCCAUCACAAAGACCCCCGCGGGACAAAGGGACCAAAAGCUUCUGUGGGGGACCGUGGGGGGACCGUGGGGGGAGCACAGGGACACUGCUGAGCGGAGGAAGUGUGUGUGGAGCCCAGGAUUCUUAUGCAGAGAUGUUGGAGAUGUUCCCGAUGCCCACAAUGCAAAUACUAAAGAGAGAGGUUUGA